AUGGAUAAUAAAUUGAGAAGUGUUGUUUAGUUUUCUCUAUACACUCUUUUAUUUUCAGUUAAAAAUACAAUGGAUUUUGGCUAAAGAAUAGAAUAUACACUCUAUGUAUAAAUUUAAUUUGAUUAGGCUAUUUAUUUAAUAAGUUGUUUAUUAUCCUAUUAUUAUCUAUCAAAGUUUAUUAAAACAUAUUGUAAAAAAUCUAACUAAAUGUAUAAAUAUAUGUAAAGAAUGAAGAUAAACAUUAACCAAGAUACUUUUAAUAACUUUAAUAUUAAAUUGUUUGCCAUUACAAUAUCUAUUAGGUGAUUAAUUUCAAUAGAUAUAUCGAGAUUAUACUGAAUUGAUUAAUCAAACUAUCUUAUUUUACACAUGGUUAGAGAUGUUUGAGCAAUAAAAGAAAAAAGAGAAUGUUGAAUAAUAAUCUAUUAAGCCUAUAUCUAUAUUUAAAGUACUAUUUUGUUUUGGUUAUCAAAUAAAUUCAGGUUUAGAAAUAAUAAAUCGUAAUGUAAUUCUAAUUGUAGAUUGAUUAUUUUAGAUAUAUUAAAAGGAAAGAGAAUAUUAAGUGCUUUUAGGAUUGGAAUUACUUUAUGGAGUAGUAUUUCUAUUUUAAUAUGGCUUAUAUAUAAAAUAUUAUUAAAUAAGAGAUGUUAAAACUAGUGCUAAUUUCAAAUAGCAUGAUCCCUUUGAUGAUGAAUUAGCAGAUUCAAUACCAAAUGAAAAUGAUAAAGAAAUUAUGGUUUAUGAUUUUUUCAGAUAUUCUGUUAUUGCAUGCUUAGGAUUGAUUAUAAACACAAUAGUGAAGGUUUAUUAAUAUGAAAGAUCAAGUAUGAGUUAUUUAAAAUAAACUGGAAUUAUUGUGGUUUAUAUAAUAUUUGUUUCAAAUUUGAUUUAAAUUGCUGAAGAUAAACAAAUAGAACAUAAAAGUUUUUUGGAAUUGAGUAAUAAAUAAACUGAAAAUGAUGAUCCCUUAUAGAUUUGA